AAGAUUUUCGCUGCACACUUGACAUUAAGGAAGAAAAGAGAGAAUGAAGCGAGGCACGGUCGAGGAGAGGAGGGAGAGGAGCGAAGGCCGAAGCCGAAGCCGAGCGAUGCGAGAUUGAUUGAAGAAGAAAGUGAGGAAGCCCGCCCGCCCGCCAGCCAUGUCCAUAGAAAGCGUAUUGUAUUCGAGGCGUGCGGAUGCGGAUACAGAGGCCGCGAUGGCCUAAUUAAGUGCGUUUGUUUCAAACGAAGGUUUCAGGAACGCGUCUCGAGGACAGGUGAGGUACCUUGCCCUCGAUCGCGUGCAUUAGGGUCUGGCUUGUGGGACUCGAGAGAGAGCGCGAGAGUGAGUAGGACUGGGAUGGCCGUGCAUGUGAGUGAUUUGGAAGGUGCGCAUGGACGUUAAUUAUCCGCGGUGUUGUCCGCUUCGUGGACAUAAGGCAUUUUGACUGGAAUUAGGCUUACACGACAGAUUCAGGUGGAUUGAGACCUCCGUGUAGUCGACAGCGUUGGACAUACAAAAUUCCACUUUCGCGGGAAGAAGACGUCGCGAGCGUUUGCCAUACAAUGGUUUUGUAGCAGGUGGAGGGAGGAAGUGUCUCGGGGGUCGGUGCGAAGAUUUUGUAGCAGUCGGUUGGCCUUGACGCGCAUCUUCGCUUAUUUCGAACGUAGAGGUUGUAGCUUAUGUACGUGAUCUGGAGGGAAGUGGCGAGCAGAACUGGGGAAUUGAAGUGGUAGACAAGGGCAGGUUCAUUGAUUCGGUGCCGAUUUAUUGGGCUCAAUUAGGGCACCUACCUUCAGUGUUCGAUCCAUAAUCUCAUAACGAGAUAGCCAUGGAUCAUCGAGAUUGUGAUAUUCAGAUGCACACUACGCGGAUGUUUCACAGGGUGGACGUUGACGAAUUGUUCGAUGUCUGGGGAAAUGCUGGGAGUUGAUUGGGAAGCAUGAUUCGAAAUAUGGCAGGAUGUAAAGGUGCGAUUCCCGUGGAUGCUGCCGGGGCUGCAUCUGCGUUGCAGCUUGCUCAGCAGCAGGAGCAGGUGUCUAUUGACGUUAGUCGGGCGAUGGCUCCCCCAAUCUCGCUACGCCAUAACAUUGUUCACAAGGAGAGUGUGGAAGUUGACCUAAGAGAAGUUUAUUUCUUGGUUAUGCAUUUCCUCGCCAAUGGUCCGUGCACGAGGGCCUUUGGUCAGCUGUGGAAUGAACUUCUGCAACACAAACUUCUACCCCGUCGAUAUCAUGCCUGGUACUCGAGGGAUCACCUACCAAGUGGGGAUGAAAACGACGAUGGCUUAUCGUUUCCUUUGAGCUACAGAGACGUCGCUCACAGGCAUCCAAAUAUACCAAACAGUCACCUUGUGGACCUCUUGCAGCAGCUUCUUGUGAAUGAUAGGAGGUCUGUUGCCGCUCUGGAUGCUCAUUCUAAAAUAGUCACUGCUGCGGACGCCCCAACGCUGUUAGGAUCCGGUUCCUUCUCUCUACUGGAUUUGGAGCGGAACAAACAGAAAGGUUUGGUUUCCCGAUGGAAUCAGCAUAUGCGUUGGCCACACUGGCAGGCUGACCAAGUACAUGGAUUGAUGCUUCGAGAAGUUGGGGGUGGCUUUGCUCGACAUCACCGUGCUCCUUCUGUGAGAACUGCCAGCUAUGUGAUAGCCAAGCCGUCUGUUUUUUUUCACCGGAUCCAGAUUAUAAAGAAGCUUAGAGGACAUCGUAACGCUGUCUACUGUGCGAUAUUUGAUAGAACAGGACAGCAUGUCAUAACUGGAUCUGAUGAUCGACUCGUGAAGAUUUGGUCAACAGAAACUGGUCUUUGUUUACGCAGCUGUCGAGGACAUGAGGGUGACAUCACAGAUCUUGCAGUGAGCAGCAGCAACAGUCUUGUUGCAUCUUCCUCCAAUGACUUUUCUAUCAGAGUUUGGCGAUUGCCAGAUGGUUUUCCCAUCUCUGUACUGCGCGGACAUGGAGGGGCUGUAACAGCCAUCGAGUUCAGUCCCCGUCAGGGUUGUGAACACCAUCUUCUUUCUUCAUCUGAUGAUGGUACUUGCCGUAUUUGGGACGCCCGCGAUUCAGCUGUUAAUUCUCGCGUGUACAUGCCAGACCCUAAGGACAGUCAAUGUGCCGCCAGAGGGGCCACAGCGCAAGCGCCUCCAGCUACACAACCGAACCACCAAAUUUUGUGCUGUGCAUUCAACGCCGAUGGCAGCAUUUUUGUUACUGGGAGUUCAGACAGGCUAGCCAGAGUUUGGAAUGCCACCAAGUGGAAUGAUGAGCUCACCGGAAGACCAAAUUAUGAACUUGAUACCCUUCAGGGUCAUGAAAAUGACGUCAAUUAUGUGCAGUUCAGUGGGUGUGCAGCACCAUCAAGACCGUUCUUGGUGGAUAACGUUAAGGAGGAUCAUCAGCCUCGCUUUAAAAAUACAUGGUCUGCACAUGACAGCAUUGUGACAUGUUCGCGGGACGGCAGUGCUAUUAUCUGGACACCCCGUCCUCGUAGACAUCACGCCAAGGCUGGUCGCUGGAUCAAGGCUUAUCAUUUGCGUGUACCACCUCCACCGAAUCCUCCACCACCUCCAAGACCUGGAGGACCAAGGCAGAGGCUGCUACCCACACCAAGAGGUGUGAAUAUGAUCGUUUGGAGUCUGGACAAUCGUUUUGUACUCGCGGCAAUCAUGGAUUGUAGGAUCUGCGUGUGGAAUGCCGUAGACGGGAGUUUAGUUCACUCUCUCACAGGUCACGACAAGCAGACAUAUGUCCUUGAUGUACAUCCGUUUAAUCCAAGAAUUGCAAUGAGUGCUGGUUAUGAUGGACGAGUCAUAAUUUGGGAUAUCUGGGACGGUCAUCCUAUUAGGAUUUAUGAGACAGGAGAUUACAACUUGGUGGACGGCAAUUUUUCCCCGGAUGGAUCAUCGUUGGUUGUUUCCGACGAAGUAGGUCAAAUUUACCUUUUCGCAACGGGUGAAGGAAACGCGCAGAAAGAUGCGAAGUAUGAUCAGUUCUUCUUGGGAGAUUUUCGUCCUCUUGUGAGGGACACACAUGGGAAUGUACUGGAUCAGGAAACGCAGCUGCCUCCUCACCAGCGGAAUAUACAAGAUCUUCUCUGCGAUGCGAGUAUGAUUCCUUACGCUGAACCUUACCAGACAAAUUACCAGCAACGUCGGCUUGGAGCGUUGGGUAUAGAUUGGCAACCCCCAGCUGUUUUCCUAGCCAUUGGGACGUUGGAUGAUCCAACGUAUAUAGGUCCUCCGGAGCCUCCUGUUGCUUUCCAGGCUCCAGUUGUACCUUCACCUGGUCGCAGGGAAAGGCGAGCUUUAGCUUCUGAAGGCGGAAGCAGGUGGGUCGAACAGCCCAACGAGAAUGAAGAGGCCAUGGAUUGGGAACAAGAAGUAGUUGGGGUAACGGAGGACUCAGGAUCAGACUACAGCGCGAGUGAAGAGAGCGAUGAAGAUGGAGAAAGAGCUGACAGCCAAGAUGAACCAGACUCAGAAGACGAAGCGGAAGAAGAGGAAGACAAUGAAGACGACGAUGACGACGAAGAAGAAGAUGAAGGAAGCGAGGAUAUUGGAAGUCGCCUGCGGAGAUCAAGUAGAAAUAAACGGAAAGCGGAGCUGGUUACACAUUCUUCUUUGGGGAGGCGAUUGAAGAGGAAGCGGUAUGAUGAUACGGGAGAUGGUCAAGGCUCUAAUCGAAGAUCAUUGCGCCGGAGGAAGACAAAGCCUUCAAGAAAUGGAGGGUUCACCUCGAGACACCAACCAGAAUCCUCAAAUAGACGUUACCAGCCAGAAUCUUCAAAUAGACGACAUCAACCUGAAAGUUCUGCGAGAAGACACCAGCCAGAGCCUUCGUCAAGGCCCAAACGGUUAGCUGCGAGGAAUGCUCUUCAUCUCUUUUCCAGUAUAAAUGAGGAGGAGGAGGAGGAAGUACCAAACGAAGCAGAGAAGAAGGCGCCCGAUAAUACGGAAAGGGCGUCUGGAUCCGGGGAGACUCAGCGUGUUUUGAGGAGCAGAAAUAGAGAAGAACUGGAGGAGCUCUCCAGAGCCGCGAUUGCCCAAGCCAACAAAGUGGAGUCGUCUGACCUUGGUGAAUUCAGCCGUCGUCCAAGGUCUGCGCGUAAGUUGGUCGUCAAGUUGCGAAGUGCAGUUCCAAAAGUGGAUCUUGAGGACUCCAAAGGUGAACCUUUCGAUGAAGCUGCAGAUGGAGCUGUGGCUGACCAGGCAGUCAUUUCAGAUGUUGGUCUGCUGGAAGAUAACGUGGGCACUUCUGAGAAUGCUGCUGUGCCUCAUCGACCACUUCGAAAACUGGUUAUCAAGUAUCCCCGGCCUUCAGUUGGUAUGAAAAGAAACGUCGCGGUAAUAGAGUCGUCAGAGGAUAAUCACUACGAUCAUGGAAACGGAAAUGGUAGUGAGGCUCGUUCCAGAAAAUUGGGUCAGACAUCUGAUACUGACGAGGAUGGGUACGAGUUAAACGAUGAUGUGCCCCUCGUUGACAAACACAGCUGGCAGUGGAAGAAAGGCAAGGCUGCCAAGCGUGCUCGAGGACAUGACUCUCCAGAAGGAGCUUCUAACAACAGUGACGAUUCGGAUAGUUGUAAAAGUGCUCAACAUAUGAAUGAUUUAAAAGAAGCUCAGGAUGAAUGGGAUGGCAUUUCACAAGUCAAAACUUCCAGACGUCGGGAUGAAAGCUUUUCAGGAGAAGCUAAGGAUCCUCAGGUUGGCAAGUGGGAAAAUGGUGAUGAGUUGAAGGUCCUGAUUGGGCCCGAAGGACGUAUAUCCUCUGUUCCUGAAACUGACAUACCUUCAAGUGAGGAACGAUUGUUACGUGCAGAACUUGACGGUGGGUCGGCGCAUGAAAGUAUGCGGGAAGACGUUCCGUGCAACGGGCAAGCUAGUCAGAAUGGCAAUUCGACGGACAAUGGAUUAAUGAAUGUUGGAUCUGACGGCGAAUGUACUUAUUCACCAAAGAGGUGGCAGUGGGGUUUGAGAAGGGAUGGGAAAUCGAGAACAAGGGACAGAAGUAACGGUGAAACCAGUCACAAGCUCAUUCCAUACGGGGAAACAGAUGUUUUGGCAAGACUAGUACAGGAGUCAGAACACAGACUACGGCACCUAGGGGAGAAGUCAGAUUCUGCAAGAGAAAGAUUGACCCACACUGGAGCGGGUAAAUCUGAACCAGCUGAGAACAGUUUGGGCAAGGAGGUUCCAGAAGCCGAAGCAUGGGAUAGAGAAGGCUCUCCUGCUGAUGACGAUUCUGCUGGUCCUGACAUUUCACAAAGACCGAUGUCUUCACAUUGCUCGGGUGAUGAUGGGAAGAAUUCUCUUGUUUCUGUAGACAAGCAGUAUGACCCGAUACUUGAGAGAGAUGUGCAGCAGGAUUCUGAGCACGAUACAGACAUGAUCGAAGGUGAAGGUGAUGAUGAUGUAGGGAAUGAAGGUGGAGACGAAGUGGGUGAGUCCAUGCACCAAACUGACAGUGCUGGCGGAGAAAGUGACGAAGAGGAGAACAGCCAAAGUGAGCUUUUUGAGGGCAAUGGAUUAUGUAGCAAGAAUUGGGAAGAAUCGGGUACUAGAGAAACUGAUGAAGAAAGUGUAGAUGAAGGAAAGCGAAUUACCAGGCACAAGCGACAGAAGGCUCUGGGUGAGUUGCAGUCAAAUGGAAGACACGAGUCUACAAACAACAGACACAAUCCUAGUUUAGACGGAAGUGGUAAGACACGGGUCCGGCAUAUACAGUCUGUCCUCUAUGACGGUGGUAGGGAAACCAGAUCAAGGGCUGGAAAACAAAGAGCGCACUCGACAGAACAAACGGAGAGAAUAAGUACUCGCACUCGCACUCAAAGUACUAAAGACGCACAGAGUUCCUGGCAGAACGGAUCAGGUGAACGUCAGCUACGAACAAGAGGUAGACAUCAAGGUAUGCCAAAUAGGGUACAUAACAAUGAUUCCAGGAGAGUCAGAAAUGGUCAAGGAAGUGCCUCAGAGCAAGAGGGACAGGAGGGUAGUGUAGAAUUUGAGCUUCGAAGAGGCGCGAGAAGCUUAGAGAAGCUGGAUGAUGAUGAUAGCAACAGACACCUUAUGAAGGAGAGAAGAACCUCCGGCCGAGCCCGCCGGGAGGACAUGAAGAGAGAACACUUUUCUGAGAGGGAUAGGGGCAAAAACAUAGAUGAUAGUUCUGGUUUUCUUACAAAGGAUGCUAGGGGUAAGAAGAAUCGAAUGAAACCAGAUCGGAAGAAGAAAGAUCUGGCCUGGUUACUACUCACCGAUGUGGAGGCGGGUACUCGGUAUAUUCCUCAGUUCGGGGACGAUGUGGUUUACCUGAGGCAGGGGCAUCAGGAAUUUUUGGAUUCCACUGGUUCAGAAGAGAAGGGUCCCUGGCGAACGCUGAAGCUACCAAUUCGAGCGGUAGAGUUUUGUCGCAUAGUUGGGCUUGAGUAUGUUAUUGUUCAAGAGUCUGAUCAAACGUGCUGUAAGUUGACAUUAAAGUUUACAGACAACGAGUCCAGAGCUUAUGGAAGGCAAUUCAAUCUUACUUUUCCAGAGCUGACAAACUUUCCAGAUUUCAUAGUAGAGAAGAGUCGCUAUGAUGGUGCCAUGAGGAAGGGUUGGGUCGUCAGGGAUAAAUGCCAAGUUUGGUGGAGAUCAGAAGACGAGGUUGGUGGUGGUCACUGGUGGGAUGGGCGCGUUCAAAAGGUUAAAGCCAAGUCUUCCGAGUUUCCCGAUAGUCCUUGGGACCGGCUUUUCGUGCAGUACAAACUUGAUUCAAAUGAACCCACGAGUCACAGUCCUUGGGAGCUGUUCGAACCCGGCAAUCAUUGGCAUGAUCCUCCUCAUAUCGAUGACGAGAGCAAGGCGAGUCUGCUGGCUGCUAUUCAGGAGCUAGAGAAGUCGUGCUAUGUGGGAAACGAGGAUGAGUAUGGAUUGCGGCGUCUUAGUCAAGAUGUUGAAAUUCCUGAAUACUUGAACUGCACCCCCCUUCCACUGGAUCUGGAGACAGUGAAGCAUAGGUUGGAGAAGGACUACUAUCAUAGUCUGCAAGCUUUUCGCCAUGAUGUCGAGCUCUUGGUAUUGAACGUUCAAACGUACUAUGGGAAGGAGACUGAACAGGCAGGAAAAAUGGAAAGGCUAGCCCAAGUGCUUUGUAACUGUGUAUCAGAUGAGGAAGAUGAGCCUGCGUCUAGUGAUGGGAACGACUAUGAUUUUUAGAUCGUGCACCCAAGAGAUCUGCCGUACAUACUUGUAGUAUUAGUCUGUUGGGGAGGGUUUUGCGGGAAUGCUUAGGUUGAAGUCAGCCCACAUUAGUGCAAGGUGGUCCUCUCGUCAUUUAGUGGUAGGCAAAUAUCCACCAUCCUUUCUGACGUGGUGGGUUGAAGAGUUGUGCCAUAUUUGUCCUCCGUAACAUAUUGUAACCAAUCUGAUACUUGUUGUGUA